AAUUGUAUAUAGAGUAUAGACACAUUGAAAAUUAAACUCUGAAACAGUUGAAACUUUGAUUUUAAGAGAAAAUAAACAAGUCAAGUCUUCGUUUGUGACUUAUUUCUUGGUUUUAAAAUUGUUGGUCAAAGAAGUUAAGAGGUUGUCUUGAGUUGGUCAAAAUUGGUGACUCUUACUAGUUCACUUCACGCGGAAACAAACAGUCAUCUUUUGUGCACACAUUAUUCUUGUGAGAUAUAGUAGAAGAUUAUUAUUAUGAAUAAUGUGAAUGUGAUAUUUUCACUUUUUGUUUAAUUUGUAAGGAUUAUUUUAUCAUUGAUUGAUGGAAUACGAGUUGUGUGCACUAACGAAAAAAAAAUAAGAGAGUUUAAGUGCAAACAUAACAAAUUAAGAUUUAAGAAAAAGUCAAUGAUAUUCGGGGGGAAAAAGAUAAGAUUCUUAAGAUGGAAUCCGAUCCGACAAACACAUAACAACUUAAAUGUCGGAAUAAUAGCAACUCCACUCUUCCUUUAAAAAAUACUAAAGGCAAACAAAUGACGACAAAAAGGGUAGGAAUUGUCUUUUCUAAACGACACCGACUUGUCCAAACUGUUCGCCUGAAAAUUUAAGAACCGGUGAUUAACAAUGAACGCUUCUGACCGGGUUCGUCGUAUGGGUUUCUCUAGAAGCCUGCAGGUUUUACCGGUUCGGGCCGAAUAAUGUAGACCCGCAGCUCUGAAAGUUGGCCCUUAAAACCUAUGGGCCUAAUAAGCCCACAAGCUUUUUUUUUUUUUUUGCUUUUUUUAUUUAUAUGUUGUUGUUAUUUAAGGCCUUAAGGGUGAAUAUGUGAUCCUCUUUGCAUUUACAACACAACAAGCAAAGACAUGUUUGGAAAUUUAUUGCUCUUCGUCUCUAUGAACUAUGAUUAUCUGUUCAUAAUCAAGCUGUUGUAAGUAUGAAAUGCUAUUGAUGUGGUUCUAUACACAUGAUCUCACGAUUCUAUCCAAAAAAAAAUCCACUGAAGUGUGUGGUAUUGAAGUCUGUUUCUCUAUAGACGACGUUGUUGCGGACGGUCAUUAGAGUACUUGUUUCUUGGAGAGGAAGAAAGCUUUAAAAUUUGGUUUAAGAGUUUGAGAAUGAGAGGAUGUGAUUGUAUUUACCCAAAAAUAGUUCCUCUAUUCACGUUCCCUCCCAUUAUUCAACAUUCUUAUGCAUGAAUUGAAUUUGGUAAUGUCAUGACAAGUUCAGGCGUCUCACUAACAAAAACGUCUAUUAAUUUAUUAUUUUUAAUUACAAUAAUAUUCUUUUCUCUGUUUAAUCCAUUAUUAUGGCCAAAAACACAAAAUAGUAAAUGGAAGGGCCAAAAAAAAAAAAAAAACUUUCAAAAUUUGGUUCAUAUGAGAAAGUUCCGCAAUCAUCUCCUUUUUUUUGCAAAACAAAACAGCUCGUCGAUUCUCUUCUCUUCUUCCUCAAAUUCUCUUUCACAUUUUCCAGAUGGAUCUCUCUUUUGAUCCUUCGUUAUCCCAACAAUCCCACUCCCUCGCUUAUGUUUGAUCCAUACAUUGAUUUCAUGUUGUGUCUGUAAAUCUCUCGUUUCCUAGCUUGUUCGAAUCUUGGCGUAAGAGAGAGAGAGAGAGAGAGAGAGAGAGAGAGAGAGAAAGAUCGAUGGGGGUCGUAUCAAGAACCGUGUUCCCUGUCUGCGAAAGCUUGUGUUGCUUUUGUCCGGCUUUGCGAGCCAGAUCGAGACAUCCCGUCAAGAGAUAUAAACAUCUUCUCGCUGAUAUCUUCCCUCGAUCCCAGGAUGAGCAACCUAAUGAUAGAAAAAUCGGUAAAUUAUGCGAAUAUGCUGCGAAAAACCCUCUUCGUAUCCCUAAGAUCACAACCUAUCUCGAACAAAGGUGUUACAAGGAAUUGAGAAUGGAGCAAUUUCACUCUGUAAAGAUUGUUAUGUCUAUCUACAAGAAGCUCUUGGUUUCAUGUAAUGAACAAAUGUCGUUGUUUGCUAGUAGCUAUCUUGGCCUCAUUCAUAUUCUUCUAGAUCAAAAUAGGUAUGAUGAGAUGCGCAUCUUAGGUUGUGAAGCUCUCUAUGAUUUUGUUACCAAUCAGGCAGAGGGCACCUACAUGUUUAACUUAGAUGGAUUGAUCCCAAAAAUCUGUCCUUUAGCUCAUGAAUUGGGAGAAGAAGAUAGGACAACAAAUUUGUGUGCUGCUGGCCUCCAGGCCCUCUCCUCCAUGGUUUGGUUUAUGGGAGAAUUUUCACAUAUAUCAGUUGAAUUUGACAAUGUAGUCUCUGUUGUCUUAGAAAAUUAUGGAGGCCUUAGUCAACCCUCCACUUCAGCAGUCAAUGAAGACAACAAGAUUGCUUCUAUUGAUAAAGAACUAUCUCCUGCGGAAGCUGAAACAAGAAUUGCUUCUUGGACAAGAAUCGUGGAUGACAGAGGCAAGGCAAUUGUAUCUGUGGAGGAUGCUAAAAACCCCAAGUUUUGGUCGAGGGUUUGUCUGCAUAAUCUGGCAAAGUUAGCAAAAGAAGCAACAACUGUGCGACGUGUACUCGAGUCACUCUUUCGUUAUUUUGAUUUUAAUGAAGUUUGGUCCACAGAGAACGGUCUUGCUUUAUAUGUGCUUCAGGACGUUCAGUUGCUGAUAGAAAGAUCUGGGCAAAACACACAUUUCCUGUUGUCCAUCCUGAUCAAGCAUCUUGAUCACAAGAAUGUUUUAAAGAAGCCUAGAAUGCAACUUGAUAUAGUGUAUGUUGCUACUGCACUUGCUCAACAGACUAAAGUUCUUCCAUCUGUGGCAAUCAUUGGUGCCCUGAGUGAUAUGAUUAGGCAUCUAAGGAAGAGCAUCCAUUGUUCAUUAGAUGAUUCGAAUCUAGGGAAUGAGAUGAUUCAGUAUAACCUGAAAUUCGAAGCUGCUGUUGAACAAUGCCUCGUGCAAUUAUCCCAAAAGGUAGGAGAUGCAGGUCCUAUUCUUGACAUAAUGGCUGUCAUGUUGGAAAGCAUGUCAAAUAUUACAGUCAUGGCAAGAACCUUAAUCGCCGCUGUUUUCCGCACAGCACAAAUUAUAGCAGCUAUACCAAAUUUAUCAUAUGAAAACAAGGCUUUUCCAGAUGCACUUUUCCAUCAACUGCUUCAAGCUAUGGUCUGUGCUGACCAUGAAUCGAGGAUGGGGGCUCACCGUAUAUUUUCUGUUGUUCUGGUCCCAUCUUCUGUUUCUCCAAGUUCAGUUCCCAACUCUAGAAGACCUGCUGAUAUGCAGAGGACAUUGUCAAGAACUGUGUCUGUGUUUUCUUCUUCAGCUGCACUCUUUAGAAAACUGAAGUUGGAGUCAGAUAAUUCUGUUGAUGAUACUGCGAAGAUUGAGAGAGUUUCAACACUUAGCAGGUCAACUUCAAUAUUCACAAGAGGUGAAAGUUUUGACGACGAAGAGCCAAAGAACAAUACUAGCUCAGUACUGAGCCGGUUAAAGUCAAGUUACAGCCGAUCUCAGAGUGUGAAAAGGAACCCGUCUUCGAUGGUGUCAGAUCAGAAUUCUUCUGGAAGUUCACCAGAGAAACCAGUGAUACCUUUAAGAUUAAGCAGCCACCAAAUUUGCCUUUUGCUUUCAUCGAUUUGGGUGCAGUCUUUAUCUCCUCACAACAUGCCACAAAAUUAUGAAGCCAUUGCUAAUACAUUUAGCUUAGUACUUCUAUUUGGCCGGACUAAGCACUCUAGCAAUGAAGUCUUGGUCUGGAGCUUUCAGCUAGCAUUUUCUUUGCGGAAUCUCUCUCUUGGAGGACCGUUGCAGCCAUCACGGCGUAGAUCCCUCUUUACUCUGGCUACAUCCAUGAUUAUUUUCUCAGCAAAAGCCUUCAACAUCCCUCCUCUUGUUAAUAGCGCAAAAACCUCACUACAGGAAAAAACGGUAGACCCGUUUCUUCAAUUGGUGGAAGAUUGCAAGCUAGAUGCUGUUUUCUAUGGACAAGCAGAGCAACCAGCAAAGAAUUAUGGAUCAAAAGAAGACGAUGAUGACGCCUUACAGUCACUUUUUGUGAUAGAAGAAACUACACAAAAUCAACCUCGAGAGCAUUACGCUUCCAUGAUAAUGAAGUUUCUGGGAAAACUAUCAGAUCAAGAAUCAACGGCUAUAAAGGAGCAGCUAGUUUCAGAUUUUAUACCUAUCGAUGGCUGUCCUGUUGGAACGCAGUUGACAGAAUCUCCAGUUCAAGUUUACCGUUCUGAAGAAAAAAACAACAAACCUCGAGAAAAUGCUGAAACUCAAUUGCUUAUACCGGAGAAUGAUGCAGUGCCGAGUCCUCCAGAAGAACAUCUUGGUCUUGACACACAACCUAAUGCCAAAACCGCAUUUCUUCUGAGCAUCGAUGAACUUCUAAAUGCAGUGUCUCAGACAACAGCACAAUUAGGGAGAUACUCAGUGUCUGAUCCACCAGACAUGACAUACACAGAAAUGGCAGGACAUUGUGAGGCUCUUCUCAUGGGAAAGCAAGAGAAGAUGUCUUUCAUGUCUGCAAAAAGCAACAAAUUCAGCAGCCAAACCAAGGAAGCUACUGCUUUGCCUUGUAGUGGUGGGAAUCCGUUUGUGGAGCAGCGGAGCUCGUGGGAGAUGAUGGGUUUGGGUGCACCGGCGGCUUCAAAUAUGUGCGUCACAGAGUAUCAAAACCAUCCUCCUUUCUUCAAUCCUCCUGCCUCUACUCCUUUUGACAACUUCCUUAAAGCCAAGCCGUUGGUUCCUCUUGAUUAGUUAGUUGUUCUUUUUAUCCCAGUUUUUAUAUUCCACAUGUGUUUUUCCCUCUUCAAUACUUACUGUACACAUUAUUGAAUAAUUUAUUACGUCGAAAAAAUGCAAGCAGUAAUUUCUUUAUAGUGAAUGAGAAGGUUCCUUAACAAAA